AUGGGGAAAAACAAACGGAACGAGGACCUCUGUGCCAUCUUCGUGCAUGGGGGAGCCGGGUAUCACAGCCGCGAAAAUGAGUCCAAGCAUCUUGAAGCUUGUCAACAGGCGGUCAAAGCAGGAACAGCUUUUUUGCGGAAUGGCGGCACUGCGGUUGAUGCCGUUGAAGUUGCCCUCAUGGUGCUCGAGGAUGCCCCAAUCACCAAUGCUGGAUAUGGCAGCAACCUAAAUGUCAAAGGUGUGGUGGAAGGCGAUGCAUCCAUCAUGGAUCAUCUAGGUCGGAGUGGUGCCGCCGGAGCAGUCCCCACUGUCAAAAACCCCAUCAUGCUGGCCCGCAAAAUCUAUGAUCAAGCCCAUAAGUCUCCAGGAAUGUCUCGAAUACCCCCAAACUUUCUUGUCGGAGAAGGGGCCGCCGACUUUGCCUGGAAUAAUUCGGUUGUCAUUGUCCCCGACGAUGCCCUAAUCGCUCCGUCUUCGCGGGUGCGCUAUGAGACCUGGUGUCGUGAGAUCCAGCAAUGGGAAGAAGAAAACCCUAAGAAUCCUGAGGAAGAGCCUGUUAACCCCUGGCUCCGUCGACCAUUAACCCCUAUCACGACUCGCAUUACCCGUAUGGCUCCAGGUGCUCAGGAAUCGAUUAGGGCUGAGAUGCCAAAUCUCAAUGCUAUCAAUCUCGAUGUCAACGAUCCUCUGCAGCUACAGAAUGGAAGAUCCAUGGAUGGAUCACCUCCAAAAGCGCGCUCCGCUCCUAUCAGUCCAACCACCUCUACCCCCGAUGCAUUUGAGCCGGCUCGCGCCAGAUCCUAUUUGUCGGCGGAAGAGUCGCGUGUUCAAGAUGUAAAUAACCCAGCUGAGGUGCGCAGGGACGCGGUCAAUGACACCGUGGGGGCGAUUGCGAUCGACAAGUUUGGGAACAUUGCAGCAGGAUCUUCUUCCGGGGGAAUUGGUAUGAAGCAUCGAGGCCGGGUAGGGCCUGCAGCACUAAUUGGCAUUGGCACCCACGUCAUCCCAGCCGACCCCUCUGAUCCCGAACAGACCACCGUGGCUGCCGUCACCUCUGGAACUGGCGAACAUAUUGCCUCAACAUUCGCUGCUAGUACCGCCGCAACUCGCGUCUAUUACAGUCAGCGCAUGGGUUCUGCAGGCUCUUUCGAGAAUGUAACUGAGGAUGAAGCUCUCCGUGCAAUGGUAAUCAAAGAGUUCAUCGGUCAUCCAGCUGUGAAGCACAGUGAGAUUGCUGGUUCCAUCGGUAUCAUGUGUGUCAAGAAGAACGUUGAUGGCAUCGCCCUUUACUUCGCUCACAACACGGAGUCAUUUGCCGUUGCUUCGAUGUCCAGCUUAGACACAGUGCCUUCUUGCUUGAUGUCUCGCAACCAGCGACAGGGUCCCGUUGCCCAGGGUGGGAUAAUGUACCGUCCCGGC